AACAUCUACAACAUGCCCUGGCUAAUAGGAUCAAUCCAUAGAUUUCCGAAGUUAAAGCUCCUCACUGGAGUCAAGUCGUUCACUCCUCUCUGACUUGCUUCUGGCUCCCAACGUGCUAAACGUGAAUAGAGGAAAAAAACAGCGGAGAAACUGCUUUCUCCUGCACACCCGAAAAGCAACCUUACAAAGGACAGAACCUCAGAGCAAAGAAUCCAACAGAGGUGUAAUUUGUUUUCUGUCUGUUUUUCUAGUAUCGACGGACCGGUUGGCAGAGGAGCGCCCCCUGUUGGCGUCUUAUAGAGCGUGCGGCCUGCCCUCUCCUUGUGCUUCUUUGGCUGCCGUCAAUAGGAGAAUGAACAGCAGGGCUUGAUUGCAGCCGGAACAUAAACCAAGCAAUAAAAGGAGUCGAUUAUAUUGGUUCGGAAAGGAAGUCGCUGUGCGAGAUCUAUGUACAGCAGAAAUUAUCAUGCCACGACCCAAAGUUCUCCUUGUAUUACCCUUUCAGGGACCAGCGCUGGAAUAGCUCCUGUGUUUUCAAAGUCUCUGCAAGAUGUCACUUCGCCAACGAGUCAGCUAGUGGUCCUGGAAUGCAGAAUCCAGGGGGCACCCCCACUCAGCGUGCAGUGGUACAGGCAGGAGACCCUCAUCAAGGACUCUGCGGACUUUCGCAUCCUAAGGAAAAAGGCCUGUUUAACCGUGCUACCUGAAGAUGUUUGUACACUGGUCAUUACCGAAGCUUUCCCAGAAGAUUCCGGGGUUUAUAAAUGUGUCGCCACCAACCAGAAUGGCACCUCAUCAUGUUCUGGCCAGCUGACAGUCUAUUCAGAAAAUCAAGACACCCAGAAGAGUGAAGCCUUUUAUCCGGGCAGAUAUUCAGAUCUUCCUCCCCCAGCAAACGGGAAGGGAAGAGACUCGGGGAUAAAACCAACAACAAAUGCCAACGUGCAACACGCUUCUGAAAACUCAAAGCAAAUGACCCAUCAGCAGGUCCGAGUUUGUCCAGUUAACGCAAUCGCUUCUCCAUCCCAGAGGACUGAAGUGUCGAACAAUCCCAGUUUUGACCUCCCGCAGCAGAACGCUUCCGAUCUUAACCGAGAAGCCAAAGCCAACAAACAAAAGCAGGACCCACUGCCCUCUGUGUCACACUUAACGGGCUCUAUCCAACAAGUGGCCCCUGAUCAACCAUCUCAGUCCAAGGUUGAGCCAAACCACCGCACGACUGAGAUGAACGUGGUCAAUCUCCCUUCGAGGCCGGUGCAUCAGUCGAGCUUCAACUACGAGCGUCCAAGCCAUUUCCUUCAAUCGCAGACAAAACGCCAGCCCAAAUACCAGCCGGUCUCAGCCUCCGCUCCAUUUCCUCAGCAUUCCCAAGCGACUCAAGCCCGACUGUACAUGGUCCAGCCGUUGCCUCUCUCCUCACAGCAACCGGUGAACCAAAAUGGCCAACGGUCCACUUCCCCGUCCACCCUGAGCUCUCCGGCCUCUACUAGGUCCUCGUCGUUCGGCUCCCCCGGAGAGCUGUCGCCUCCGCUCACACCACAGUCCUCCCACUCCUCUCAGUCUCCAAUCAAUCCUCCCCCAACGCAAAUGUUCUCCCCUUUCUUCACUCAGUCACCGGCAGCUUUUCUCAGCUCAGUGCUCCCCUCACAGAGGGCUUCAUUGCCAAUGAAUCACAGCAGUCUGCCAACAACAGAAACAUAUGACAGAAAUCCCAGGAUAGUUGGAAAGAAAACAGUGAAGUCUCCAAAGCUAACCAGCGAUCAAGAAAUACAAGGUUCAAAAGAUGCCGUGAUUCAAGAUUUGGAGCGAAAACUACGCUGUAAAAAUGGACUCUUAAGCAAUGGACAACAGCGGUUGACAUACGAGGAAAAGAUGGCACGGAGGCUGUUGGGACCAGAAAAUGUAGCGUCGGUGUUUGACCUCCAACAAACAGAGAGUGACGCCUCCCAGCAACAAAACUCGAAUAGUCAAAGAAGGCAGGAUUAUCAAUCACAAGCAUCAAGCAGGCAAAGACACGGCUCCAGAGAGAAUGAAAAUGAAUCCAUUCAGGAGCAGCUCUUCCCUCCUCGCUUCCUGCAGAAACCAGACGGGAACAUUGUGAUUCAGGAGUACGGGUUCUGCAGAAUUGACACCAAGGUGGGUGGACUGCCAUCUCCAGAACUUAGCUGGUAUUUAAAUGGACAACCAGUGUGUCAGGAUUUCACUCACAAGAUGCUUGUGUCGGGGAAAGGUGUGCAUUCGCUCAUCAUAGACGCAGUCACGUCACGUGAUGCUGGGCUGUAUGAAUGUGUAGCCAGUAACCGUGCCGGGGAGAACAGAUUCACAGUCCAACUCGACGUCGAAGCACAAGAGGCGAGGAGACCAGCUGAGUUUAUCUACAAACUGCAAAACACCAAAGCUGUGGAAGGAGGGGAGGUGAGGUUGGAUUGCCUGGUGAGCGGAUCGCCACAGCCAAACAUCUUCUGGAGGAAAGACCAUGAAAUGAUUAAGUGUAACACGGACAGAAUCAGAAUGAUCCAGAGCGAUGAAGGCAGAGUUGGCCUCCAGAUUUUCUCGGUCUCCAGAUGUGAUGCUGGAUGGUAUACUGUGUCAGCCCAAAAUGAUACUGGAACCUCGAUCUGUACAGCAAGACUAGACGUUCACAAUAGGCCCAUCGCACAAGUUCCAAGCAAUAGACAACUGAAGGUUCAGCCGACGUUCAAUCAAUACUUUAAUGAUCAAAGACCCAACUGGAAGGUGGACUCUCAACACACAGCAUCCUACCCUGGCCUGUUAGAGAGUGAGGAACUGUAGCAUAAUUGUAAACUGGACUCAACGGGCAAAUAGUAGCCAGCUUCUAGGUUGUGGCUUCACGUGCACCAUGCUGUACACAGAUUUGUUUUGUAUAUAAAUACUUAGCAAAGUGUAAAGCUUAUUAAUAAAAAUACAUGCAUAUGUGAUCCCGGCACGAAACAACUUUGGCUUCAGGAUACUUCAUGAGUUGGGCAUAACUAAUGAUGACCUGGAAAUAAAUAGAAUAAAUAAGUACAGUAUGGAUUAAACUUGUGAUAUUCCGCAGCUGUUGUAGCAUUAGUACAGAACCUGGGAGCAAAAAAAAAAUAGAACUUGUUACUGUGUGCAAAUAGCAUGCGAAUGGAGUUCAAAUGAAUAAAAGAAAGUUAUAAUUUGGUCACUCAAUCCACGACUGUUGGUGGGAGACCGCUGUGCACAACUGGUGAAAGAAAUCGGUUAAAAUACCGUUGAUUACACCAAACUCUCAUUGAGAGAUAGGUAGAUGGCUGUUAGCAUCAUGGAAGCAAAAUCAUGAUUGCAUCAAAAUAACAAUGAAGGAGUUGUAGGAUCUAAGUGAGAUUUCUAAUGGGAUUCCUUAAUACAGAAAUCGAGUUGAGUGCCCGAUUUCCAGAGCAACAACCUGUGUGAAUUCUGCUUCAAAACGUCUCAGAGUAAAUUUCUCGCGAAAUAAGAGAGACUUCCUUUUGGUUUAAAGAAAUCCACUGGAAACUGAUACAUCGUUAGAUCCCACAGUCUACAUAAAUCAGCGGAAACUGAAUGGUUUUUUUUUGCAAGUAUUGGUUUUAUUGAUCAAUAAAGUAGAUAAAUCAAC